AUGGCGUCGGUUCACAGCACCGUCUAUCCGCAGAGCUUCUUACCUUCAAUCUCCAAAGGAAAAUCAAAACCGAAGGCGCAAAACUUUCCGGCGUCGAGAUUCUCCGUAAAUCCGAAUUUCUCGAAGAAAAAACUGGCGGUGGUAGCGACGAAACUAUCGGCGAAGGAGUUCGAAGUGAUAGCGGUUCAGAGCGACGAUGUAACGGAUCAGCAAGAAGGUUUGAUGGUGAGCCGUGUGGAGAAUGAUGGCGGAGAUGGUGAAUUAACGACGCAGGUGAAUGGAUUUGGAGCGAAUGAGGGUUUGUUAUCGUUGGAAGGGUUUCCUUCUUCUUCUGGUUUGGUUGGUAAUGAGAAUGAGGAGAGUAUGGAGAAGCUUCUAGAUAGGAGUAUUAAUGCUAGUAUUGUUCUUGCUGCUGGUACUUUUGCUCUCACUAAGCUUCUUACCAUUGAUAGUGAUUACUGGCAUGGAUGGACAAUCUAUGAGAUAGUAAGAUAUGCACCUCAGCACAACUGGUCUGCUUAUGAGGAAGCUCUUAAGACAAAUCCAGUAUUGGCGAAGAUGGUGAUCAGUGGGGUUGUUUAUUCAGUAGGAGACUGGAUUGCACAGUGCUUUGAAGGAAAACCUCUUUUCGAGUUUGAUCGUGCUCGGAUGUUCAGAUCAGGGCUUGUUGGUUUUGCUCUACAUGGUUCUCUUUCUCAUUAUUAUUAUCAGUUUUGUGAGGAGCUAUUUCCUUAUAAAGAAUGGUGGGUAGUUCCUGUCAAAGUUGCCUUCGAUCAAACUGCAUGGUCGGCCGUUUGGAAUAGCAUUUACUAUACAGUUGUGGGGCUCCUGCGUUUUGAUUCUCCAAUCAAUAUUUUCAAUGAAUUGACGGCAACGUUUUUUCCCAUGUUGACUGCGGGAUGGAAGCUGUGGCCAUUUGCUCAUCUAAUUACUUAUGGUGUAAUACCAGUUGAGCAAAGACUUCUUUGGGUCGAUAUGAUUGAGCUUAUUUGGGUGACCAUACUUUCAACAUAUUCAAAUGAAAAAUCAGAAGCAAGAAGUUCUUCGAUGCCAAUAGAAGAGAUAUCCACUACAUCUGAGGAGUCAUGA